CAUGCUUCGGACCGUGCUGCAGCUCGGCUUGGGCCGGAACCUCUUGAUCCGAGGGGUAGGCACGCGCAGAGGAGGCUCUACUCUGGACUGGGAUGGACAGGUGUCUGAGAUUAAAAAGAAGAUCCAGUCAGUACUGCCUGGAGGGUCCUGGAAUCCACUAUAUGACAGCAGCCACCUGCCCCCUGAACACUCGGAUGUGGUGAUCGUAGGAGGUGGGGUGCUUGGCCUCUCUGUGGCCUACUGGCUGAAGAAGCUGGAGAAGCAACGAGGAGCCAUUCGGGUGCUGGUGGUGGAACGGGACCACACGUAUUCACAGGCCUCCACAGGGCUUUCUGUGGGCGGGAUCCGUCAGCAGUUCUCAUUGCCUGAGAACAUCCAGCUCUCUCUCUUUUCGGUCAACUUUCUACGUAACAUCAAUGAGUACCUGGCUGUGGUGGAUGCCCCUCCCUUGGACCUCCAGUUCAACCCCUCAGGCUAUCUCCUGCUGGCUUCAGAAAAGGGUGCUGCAGCCAUGGAGAACAAUGUGAAAGUGCAGAGGCAGGAAGGAGCCAAGGUUUGUCUGAUGUCUCCUGAGCAGCUUCAGAAGAAGUUUCCUUGGAUAAACACAGAGGGAGUGGCUUUGGCAUCCUAUGGGAUGGAAGACGAAGGUUGGUUUGACCCCUGGUGUCUGCUCCAGGGGCUUCGGCGCAAGGUCCAGUCCAUGGGAGUCCUUUUCUGCCAGGGAGAGGUGACACGUUUUGUCUCUUCGUCUAACACCAUGAAGACUGUAAGUGGGGGAGAGGUGACCAUGAAAAGGAUCUAUGAAGUCCAUGUGAAGAUGAACAACAGCCUGGAGUACCAGCCUGUGGAAUGUGCCAUAGUGAUCAACGCAGCAGGAGCCUGGUCUGGGCAAAUCGCAGAGCUGGCUGGUAUUGGGAAGGGGCCGCCUGGCACCCUGCAGGGCACCAAGCUACCCGUGGAGCCAAGGAAAAGGUAUGUGUACUUAUGGCACUGCCCCCAGGGACCAGGCCUGGAGACUCCACUUGUCACAGACACCAGUGGAGCCUAUUUCCGCCGGGAAGGAUUAGGCAACAACUACCUGGGUGGCUGCAGCCCCACUGAGGAGGAGGAACCGGACCCAGGGAACCUGGAAGUGGACCAUGAUUUCUUCCAGAACAAGGUGUGGCCCUGUUUGGCCCAGAGGGUACCAGCUUUUGAGACUCUGAAGGUUCGGAGCGCCUGGGCUGGCUAUUACGACUACAACACCUUUGACCAGAAUGGUGUGGUGGGCCCCCACCCACUAGUUGUCAACAUGUACUUUGCUACAGGCUUCAGUGGUCAUGGACUCCAGCAGGCCCCUGCUGUGGGGCGAGCUGUGGCAGAGAUGGUGCUGGAGGGCCACUUCCAGACCAUCAACAUGAACCCUUUUCUCUUCAGCCGCUUUUACUUGGGAGAGAAGAUCCAGGAACAAAAUAUCAUCUGAGCCUGUAAGCUCUUCGCUGGGCCCUACUGGCCCAUCCUUCAACCUUGGCUUGCAUUCUUUCUGGUGUUCACAGUCCUCACUGCCCACAUCCUCCCCAGCAUGAGCACCAUGUCAGGUUCUCCUCCCUGAGGACUGCCCAGGGUCUCAUCCUCCUUCCCACCAUCCUCUCCUCUCAUCUAGUCCAUUCUGCCCCCCUAUAGCUGGGCAGUCAGGCGGGCAUGGGUGCUGAGGGCUAAACCAACAGAAAAUGCUACCCACCAAGGGGUCCAGCUGCAGUGCUAAGCACUAUGGCCCCAGACUGGCUCCUUCUGAGUACUGACCCAGGAAGGCUGCCUCUGACCCUCUUGGCAGAGCCCUGACAGGGAAGCAUUCUGGAGCAUCCUGGCCCAGAUUAAUUGACUGUACAGUUUACCCUGUUCACCAAUAAAUAAAUGUGAUGAACUCCUUCCCUUCA